AUGGAGCCAUAUUGUUUUAAAAGCUAUUGGAAGUAUGCAUGAAGAAUCCUUAUAUAUUUGGCCUUUUCUGUAUUAUUUUCAAUAUUAAAUAUCACCUAUCUUUACGAAGAAUGUGCAGACUAUUUAUUGGCCAGACCAGAAGUUUUAAAGACUUUAAUAAAUACACAAGUUUUAUAUACAAGCUUGGAGAUAUGAACAACUGAGAUUUGUAUGAGAAAUAGUGGAUUACCGAUUCUAGAUCAAUUAUCGUCUAUGUUUCCUUUCAGUGAAUUCGAAAAUGAAGUUUUAGAAGUCUUAUCAAAAUUAGAUUACUCAAAUUCAGCCAUAAGGAAAAACGAGUAUGCAGACGUUUUAUCAAAAAACAUUAAAGAGACUCUUUAUGAAUAUGAUAAACAGUAUAAUUCAGGCUAUUUUACGUGUGGAGUAUACUCAUCAAAAUUAAGCAUAAUUGCCGACGCAUAUUUCCUUUCUUUUUAUAAUCCAGAUUAUUUGAUGUGAAUAGAGUGAGUAUCGGCUAUCCAAGAAUUAGAUUACAAUUUUUGAUAG